AUGUCAACCGACCAUAAAUCUCCCAAGUCGUUAUUCCCCCCGGUUUCACAACCUUCUCAGUACACGCCACCUCCAAGGAGAAAUCUACCCGCUGAAAUUCCGCGUAUACCUGACCAUGAUGACCCAUCAACCGAAUGGCUCCCCAUAUACAACACACGAACCCCAUACGACGAGGCCGAAAUUGUACAUCUCAUUCACGAAAUUGUCCGAAAUUUUGUUCGGCUGUCAACCGUUUCGGAAGCUGAAGUGAUUUGGCCUCCAGAAGGUGGUCAUCGCCUUGAUGAGGCGCUUUGCAAUGAGCUCAAUAUUUCUGAUGCAGCAUGGUCAUUAAUUCGACUUUUACCUUGUCCUGGAAAUUGUAUCUGCCCAAUCUUUCUUUAUCAAUCUAGUCAGCUUUUCGACAUUUUGGACAAUGGGUUUAGUCUCCGUAGCAGUCGCGAGUCUCCAUCGUUUGUGGAGGGGGAAACCCCUGCAUCCGAAUGCUAUAUACUACCGCAUGAUGUUAUGCUAUCUGCCGGGGAUCCGGAGACACCUAUUGUGAUUCUUGAUACAAGAGAAAAUACGAUUCGAGUAGUGUCCAUCACAGACGACGGUCCAGACUUAUCAAAUCCCCCUAAUACACCCCUCGAGCGACCUAAUGAUGUUGUCUACUAUCGCAACUAUUGGCCCAGGCAUGCUCCAAGUUUCCUUCGUAUGCAGCUGAAUAGAAUCAAGGCUCUAGAUGCUAUUCCACCGGGACAGAGUGCACUAGGCUAUAUUGAAUUUGCAGACGAAUGGAUGCGACGUAAAAUUAAGCAUUAUUUAGAAGGUACAUACGGUUGGCCAGAUAAUUUCAAUCAGCAAGCAUGGGAUGAAGAUCGUGAUCGGAUUUGGGAAGAGACUGAAGAAGAAUACGCACGUUUGGGUCGACCACAUGUGUUAAGAUUCUUGUGA